UCCAAACACGCGCGUUUGGACCGUACAUCUCGUCCAAGUAAGAAUCGAAGAGCGUCCGAAAGUUGUGCUCGCGUCGUAUUUCCUGCCGAAAACGAAUAUUUUUCGCGAUAAUCGCGUAUAUUCGUGCAAUACGUUGACAAAUAUCGCGUUUUUAGGUGAACCUUCAUCGGUUGUUUUGUUGCUACGGUAACGAGACACUCGCUUUCGGCAUUGUUUGCUGCGAAGUUUUCCACUCGAAAGCACUCGCCAAGUAUGACGGAUCUGGAGAAGAUUGAAAUCCGGGAUGUGACCCGUAUCGAGCGUAUCGGGGCCCACUCGCACAUCCGCGGUCUCGGGCUGGACGAUGUGUUGGAAGCGCGAACCGUAUCCCAGGGUAUGGUCGGCCAGAAGGAAGCACGCCGAGCCGCCGGUAUUGUGGUGCAAAUGGUACGGGAAGGAAAAAUUGCCGGUCGGUGCAUUCUGCUGGCGGGCGAACCAAGUACGGGCAAGACGGCCAUCGCCGUCGGCAUGGCGCAGGCACUGGGCAACGAGACACCGUUCACUAGCAUGUCCGGAUCGGAGAUUUAUUCGCUCGAGAUGAACAAAACCGAGGCACUGUCGCAGGCGCUGCGUAAAAGCAUCGGGCUGAGGAUUAAAGAGGAGACGGAAAUCAUCGAGGGCGAGGUGGUCGAGAUACAGAUCGAUCGGCCAGCAACGGGCACGGGCCAGAAGGUGGGCAAAGUGACGAUGAAAACGACGGACAUGGAGACGAACUACGAUCUUGGCAACAAGAUCAUCGAGUGCUUCAUCAAGGAGAAGAUCCAGGCGGGUGAUAUCAUCACUAUCGACAAAGCGUCCGGCAAGGUGUCGAAGUUGGGCCGUAGCUUUACGCGAGCACGUGAUUACGAUGCGACCGGCUCGCAGACACGCUUCGUGCAGUGCCCCGAGGGGGAGUUGCAAAAGCGCAAAGAGGUGGUGCACACGGUAUCGUUGCACGAAAUCGACGUCAUUAACAGCCGGACGCACGGUUUCUUGGCACUGUUUUCGGGCGAUACGGGUGAAAUCAAGCAGGAGGUACGGGACCAGAUCAACAGCAAGGUGAUCGAAUGGCGCGAAGAGGGCAAGGCGGAGAUUAACCCAGGCGUGCUGUUUAUCGACGAGUGCCACAUGCUGGACAUUGAGUGUUUCUCCUUCCUGAACCGGGCGCUGGAGAGCGAUAUGGCACCGGUGGUGGUGAUGGCAACGAAUCGUGGCAUUACGAAAAUCCGCGGCACACACUACCGCAGUCCGCACGGCAUCCCAAUCGAUUUGCUCGAUCGUAUGAUUAUUAUUCGCACCGUUCCGUACACGGAGAAGGAGAUUAAGGAGAUUCUGAAGAUUCGCUGCGAGGAGGAAGACUGCCAGAUCAACAACGACGCACUGAUGGUGCUUGGGCGCAUUGCGACUGAGACAAGCCUGCGGUACGCAAUUCAAUCCAUCACGACGGCCAGUCUGGUGAGCAAACGGCGCAAGGCAGCGGAAAUUAUGGUGGAAGACAUCCGGAAGGUGUACUCGCUGUUCCUGGACGAGAAGCGGUCGAGCAAGAUUUUGAAGGAAUAUCAGGAUGAGUAUUUGUUCUAUGACGACAGCUUGCCGAAGGCGGAAGGACAGCAGGCACAAGCGAUGGAGGUGGAGAGUAAUUGAAAGGGAGGGUAGGCAGGAGAUGCAUUUCCAUCGUUACUUAUUCCAUCGGGUGUGUCAUUUAAGGUAGCAAAGAUCGAUUGAGCUGCAUAUGAAGAAUAAAUUCUAGACGUACAAAUGAACAAA